AUGAAGCAUCUUGGAAUGAUGAAUAUGGAUGGAAGCAUGAGUGUUGUGCGCCAAGACGACGAAGCAAGCAACAGUGGCCUGCUCGAACUAGGCCCCAUGCUUCCCAUGGUGCGGCACAGCUCGGACCGCCCGCUUGCGCCCCGCAAUCUCUCUGAGACGCGGGCACCAUCCGAAGACUCUAACAACAGCGUCAUCAUUCACGACGAGACGCCCCCACUACAAUGGGAGUCGUCGCCCGAAAAGAACGCGUCCGAGAGUCGCGUUAGCACGACGGAGACAGCCUACAAUGACGCCUACUGGCUUGCGCAAGCCUACUUCCUCACGCACCAAUAUGCGCGCGCCGAGCAGCUCCUUACGACACCGCUGCGAUGCGGUGCAGUGAACACGGAGCCCGACAACGCACAGGGCGAGGCCUCUUCGCCCCCUGCGCCGCAGACGGAUGCCUUGCACGAGGCGCUGGAGGCGACGCGCGCCCAGAGCAUCCUCCCCGAGUCGAUCCGGAAGAGCGGUGAUGGACAGGAUUCCUACGCAGAGACGAACGAAGACGCUCUGCAAGUGGACAAUAUGCUUGGCAUCCAGGGCGCCCCAAUGGCGCGCUCCCAAGGCCGGCGUGUUUCCCGGCGCAGGAAGCGCGAGCCAUCCUCCUCGCCCGAAUGCUCGCAGGACCCGUUCCACGUCGAGACACGCCCCCCUCCUGCCUUUAUGGCCCUUGACGAAGAAAUCCAGCGCGUGGUUCUCGCGGACGAACGCAACAGCGAGCGCGGGCCCUGCCUCGUGAACUGGAGCACACCCUGCCGAUACCUCGCUGCCCAGUGCCAAGUGCGCCUUGGGAAGUUUCACGAGGCAUUGGAGCUCACUGGUGAAGAUCAUACGCGCUGGACGGGUGGUGGAAAGCACUCGGUCAAGAUGCCUGCCCUAGACGGCGGCCUAAAGCUCAGCUCGUCGGUAUGCCACCUGCGAGGACAGAUCUACCUGCGCCUGGACGAAGUCGCCAAGGCAAAAGAGUCGUUUAUGCUCGCCCUGUCUCUCGAUGUAAAAAACUACGACAGCUUUACAGCGCUGAUCGACGGAAAUCUACUUGGAGCCGACGAGCAGUGGGACUUUAUGCAGGCGCUCGAGUUUGUCGCUCAAGCUGGCGACGAGGCCGGCGCAGCGGACGACUUUGAGUGGGUGCGGCUGAUGUAUACGGCGCGCCUUUCGAAGCAGACUGCUGCCAUGGCGCAGCGUGCUGCACACGCGCGCCAGCUCCUCCUGCAAGAGCAUCCCGCACUGCGGGCGAGUCCCGAUGUACUGCUUAGCCUUGCAGAGGAGCUCUAUGCGAGUUUACGCUAUGAAGAUGCCUACCUUGUCACGAGCCACAUCUUCAAGCUGGACCCCGCUUAUACACUCUCGCUGCCGAUCCACAUCGCGUGCAUGUACUAUCUUCCUCGGCUGCGUCCCGCGCUUUUCCUGCUGGCACACCGCUUGACCGAGACCGACCCCGAAAGCUGCGAGGCUUGGUAUGCGGUCGGUGUUUGGUACGCCAGUGCGGCGCGCUGGACCGAGGCGCGGCGCUACUUUAGCAAGUCAUCCCUGCUAGACCCCCGCUUUGCCCCGUCGUGGAUCGCAUUUGGCCACAGUUUCUCGAUGGAAGGCGAGUCCGACCAGGCCAUCACGGCCUAUUCUACUGCCGCGCGCAAGUUCCAGUUCAGUGGGCUGCCGCGCCUCUUUAUCGGCAUGGAGCAUCUGCUGCAAGGCAACAAGAAUCUCGCCAUGAUCUUCUUGAACAGCAGCGCCGAGGAGCUUGGAAACGACCCCCUGUGUGCCAACGAGCGCGGUGUGGCCGCCUUCCAGAGCGGAAAUAUCCCCGAGGCACUCGCGCACUUCCGCGUCGCAAUCACUGCUGCGGAAGCGACGCAGCAGCCGGCCAGCGCCUGGGUCCACGUCCACCUCAAUCUGGGCCUCACGUACAACCGUAUGCACCGCGACGAGGAGGCACGCAGCUGUCUGCUGCGCGUGAUCGAGUGCGACCCGAGCUGCGCCGCAGCGUACAUCGCGCUCGGCAUGUGCGCCCAGCGCCAAGGCAACCUGGCCGGCGCCAUCGACUGGUACCACGAAGGACUUGGUAUUGAUCCUCGCGACCCCAUUGGCACGGAGCUGCUGAAUAUGGCAUUGGAUGCGCGCGUCGCAGAAGGUCUCCCGUCGGGUCUAUUGAAAAAAGACGCCGAGCCUGGCGAGCCAUGGGACGCGCCCUCGGACACCGAGGCGCAAGUGUACUCGUACGAUGACACACAAGGAUCGGCAAUCAUGGAGGAGUCAAGGUAA